GCCUUUAUUACUCGAAAGUUAUGGCGAGUCGUAGUUUGUUCCCCUGCCUUACUGUUUUGUUCUGUGUGAUGAGUAUUCUGGCUCCCUUUAGUGAUGGUCAGCUUGAUUAUAGUUACUAUGAGAGAGCAUGUCCGAGCUUGCAUAGGAUUGUUCGUUGGAAUGUUUGGGAAGCACUCCGUAGUGACUCAAGAAUAGCUGCAUCCCUCCUUCGUUUGCACUUCCAUGACUGUUUUGUUAAUGGUUGUGAUGGAUCCGUGUUGCUUGAUGACACGUACUAUUUCAAGGGCGAGAAGAAUGCUGCACCAAACCGCAAUUCAGUCAGAGGAUAUGAGACGAUUGAUAUCAUAAAAGCACACGUUGAAAGAGCUUGCCCGUUAACUGUAUCUUGUGUGGAUAUAUUAACUCUUGCAGCUAGAGAAGUUGUUGUCAUGGCAGGAGGACCAUUUUGGCCUGUUUUACUUGGUCGACGAGAUGGACUAUCUGCCAAUGAGAAAGCAGCAAAUGAACAAUUACCUUCGCCAUUUGAGCCUCUGGAUAAAAUCGUGGCCAAGUUUUCCGAUAAAGGUCUUGAUCUAAGGGAUUUAGUAGUUCUUUCAGGAGCACACACAAUUGGUUUUGCUCAAUGUUUCACAUUCAAGGGGAGACUUUUCAACUAUCAAGACUCAGGAAAGCCAGAUCCAAAUCUCGAUUCUUCAAUGUUGUCGAAAUUGCAAUGCACUUGUCCUGACACGGAUGAAUCCAACACCACACUUACUCCUUUAGACAUACAAUCUGUUACGAGAUUUGACAAUGCGUAUUACAGAAACCUUAUGAACAACUCAGGACUACUUGAAUCAGAUCAAGCUCUAAUGUCAAAUUCUCAGACAGCUGAUAUGGUCAAAUCUUACAGCUUGUACCCUCAUCUUUUCUACAAAGAUUUUGCUGCAUCGAUGGUAAAAUUAGGAAAUGUUGGAGUCCUCACGGGACGAACUGGACAAAUUAGGGAAAUAUGUGGCUCUGUAAGUAAUAGAAUGUUUCUGUCAAGUAUGUUUAGUCUUAGUGUUAGACAAAGUUUAUCAACUGUGCUUGCUUCAGUAUGCAUGUUUUUACUAGUAAUAGUUUAACUCGACAUCAAAUGAUGUCGUACAAGUAGAGAUUUGUGGUUACUACUCAUUUCGGUCCAAAAUAAAUGAA